CGCAUGCGUAAUGCUGGUUUGUAAAUCAAAUUCUACUUUGAUUAUCUACCCGGGCUUCUUUUUGUUUGAUUUCGAACCGUUUCACCAGAUCAAGGGUGUUGAGGCGAGAUCAAAUAUACAUCUCCACCAUGCUGAUUGUGGCGAUACAGGGGCUGAACGGUGGUAUAUCUAGCACGAAUGCUGUCGUUAUACACCACUGACAUUCCCCACUCGCUCACCCAUCCCUCGAACAUGACUUUCGUCUCAAAUGAUCCCAGUUGGUGGCCGCAAAUCAUUUCAAAUAUUUUUUAUAGCUAUUGGACAGCUGCCGCCGGUGUCGUGGUGGUAUACGAUUGGGUCUUAACACUCGGACAAGAGAUUGAACUCAUCUGGAGACAACGCUGGUCUCUCAUGACCGUGCUGUAUUUGAUUAUACGCUAUAUUGGAAUACCAUAUUCUGUUAUCUAUAUUCUGGAAAUCAUGCCAUUUGUAUCGCUGACAGAUGCAGUGAGCACUAUCACGGACUACGCACUAAAUGGCACAAAUGUGGCCUUGUCUGUUAUGUUGGGCGUGAUCAUGAUUGCUCGGUUGCAUGCCAUGUAUCAGGGAUCUAGCAGGAUGCUUAUGUUCCUUGUUAUUAUUUUCCUGGCUGUAAACAUCGCCUGCGCAGUGAUCUCGGCAAUAGACCUUGAGUAUGUUAAAGAGGGGGAACUGAUACUCUCUGGCAUGCAUAUGUGCGGUUUUGAAUCUGAAGGGAACGACACGCUUCUAUUUUCAAUGGUUUGGAUGCUCAACACUGUUUGGGAGGUCCUCGCACUGUGUCUUUCAGUUUGGGUUGCUGUGAAACACUUCCGUGACCUGCGACGACUCGGCCCAACGACAGGAUCGGCCAUCGGGGACUGUUUUAUAGUGCUGAUACAAUCUCACGUUCUCUAUUUUGCAAGCUUUGUUGGUGUCUCUUGCCUCCAGCUUGCUUCUCUCUCUCCAGAAAUCUGGAAUUCAAGUUCUAUUGGAGCUGAGACACUCGAUGGUGCUCUUCAAAUUUUAUCGGUCGUGCAGAUGUUUGUGCUGGGACCACGCCUCAUCCUUAGCGUUCGAGAAUACCACGCCAAACUCGUGGCAUACUCCGACGCAGAAACUAGCAUGAAUUCGAUUGUUUUCCAGGAGCAUGUACAUGUAUCAACUAGCAGUACUGUGUAAGGACAUCCUUGCCGAGUGGCCUGCAGGGAAGCG